UCUAGCUCUCAUCCUUCCCUCACACAUCCCUCCAGCUCCCUGCGAAGGAGGAGGAGCAGCCGUGGGGAAGAUGAGCUGCAACAGGUACCCCGUGGAUGUGAAGGCUGUUGGCUUCAUGCAAUGCAGAAAAGAGAAGAACUACAUGAUGUUUGUGUCUUGGUCAGAUCAGAACAACAUUCUCAUCUACAGGACGUUUGAAGAGUUUAAGAAAUUCCAUAAGGAGCUGAAGAGAAAAUUCCCCACUGAAAGUGGGUCACUGAGGAGUUUACCCAGGUUUAAAGGUAUAACUAUGCAGCAGAGGAAGGGAGGGAAGCUGAACAGGUGCCUGGAGAUCCUGAAACUGCUGGAAACGUAUUCCCAGGAGCUGCUGAAAACGGAUGUGAAAAUCUCCCAGGGUGAAGAGGUGAAUCAGUUUUUCAAGGCACAGACUCAAGACCUUGAUCCCUCCUUCCCUGAAAACAGUGUUGUGAUCAUGCCAUCAGUAUUCAGAAGGGAGAAGAACCCCCAGCCCCUCUCCAUCACCCUCCCUCAGGCGUCGGAGAGCUACCGCUGCAUUGAGGCCUUUGAAACCAAAGACACAAAGAACAAACCUUUCACAGUGGCUCAGAAGGAGAUUGUGGAAGUGUUAAUCAAGGACAUGACUGGCUGGUGGCUGGUGGAAAACGCAGACAAGCAGAUAGCCUGGUUCCCAGCCUCAUACCUGGAAGAGCUUGAUGCCUCUGAGGACAUCCAGAAUGCCUUUAGCUCAAAUGAGGAGGGCAGCUUGUACUUUGUGGUGCAGGCCUAUGAGGCUCAGAAGGCAGACGAGCUCUCGCUGAACCAGGGUGUGGUCGUGGAGGUGGUCAGGAGGUCCCACAACGGCUGGUGGCUGAUCCGGUACAAUGGCUGCACUGGCUACAUUCCCUCCCUGUGCCUCCGGCCCUACAAGAACCCUCACCACAAGCUCCAGACCAUCAUGAGCUGCGGCCUCAACACCUCCACCCCCAUCCUCUGCUCCCCCCAGCCCCGGGGGGAGGCUGUUGCUCAGCCCAGGCUGCAGCCUAGCCCUUCCUUUGGCCCCCGUGAGGAGGACGGGAGCCCUCAGAGAAGCAGAUCCCGGUCUCUGCCCAGGGCCAGCUCCACCCCGGAGCUGGAUUUGGACAGCUCCUCCCUGAGCUCGGCGAGAAGCAGUGAGGGGGACGCCCGGCUGGCCUGGACGCCCGACUUGUCCCGAUCCCUGCCCGACGUGGAGCAGGCCAGAAGCUCUCCCGCCCCGAGCCGCGGCCUGGCCACGCACAGCAGCAAAUCCCCACACCUCAGUGCCAGGAACAGGAACGAUUCCGGCUUUGUGGAGUCCUCUGCAGCCGAGCUCGGCUCGUCGCUCGCUGACCCUGAGCUGGCCGCGGGUGUCCCCAAGGUGCCGGCGCGUCCCUCGGCCCACGAGAUCCUGCAGAGGUGCAGCACCGUCACCAAGCGCGCUGUGCAGCAGUCGGCUCCCCGGGCGGCCCUGCAGGCCCUGCUCCCGAUCCCCAGCCGGCAUUAGUGGCCCUGGAGGGGACAUGGGGACAGCCUCACUCGCUGGAGGCCCCUGGGAGCAGCUCCGGAACGUCAGGGCUUGGGACUGUCCCCUCCCAAGUAACACACACACAGCCGUCACCUCCCUGGGCACCACCGUUCCUGCUGCAGCUUCCACAGGGGUCAGGGAGCUACUGGGAGAGGAGCGAGUGGUGUCACUCGGUGUGGAUCCGGCAGCUCCAGAGCUGGAGGUCACUUAGCAGGCAGUGAAUUCUCCCUGAGGCAGUUGUUCACCCUGCCUUGCAGUAUGUGAGCGUUUCACAGUCGUGGCUGUGUUGUUCCCCACAGCAGGAUGAGCUGACACAGCCAUGGCCACAGCGGAGGGCAAAGGCGUGGCACCAGCAUGACUUAGUCACUCCUGGCACCCUGAGCUAGUUACUGGAUUGGGGAGGGAUGGGAUGAUGCACCUGUGUGAUGUCAGUUACCUGAACCCCCUAUUUUAUAGAUUUUUUUUAACUCUUUGACUUCUGGUGUCGAUUUGGGGUUUUUUUUUUAUAGGGAUGGGCUGGAUCUGCUGAAUGGUUGUGAGAAAAAAAACCUCUUGGGGAGAAACCUCAUCCCUGUUCCCUCCAGCCAUAUUUGUGCAGGCACAGGAACACAACCAGGGGAAUCACAGCUUGUGUCCCACCUGGGGAUGGGGACAGAGGUCACUUUUAUGGACAAAACAUUCCCCUUUCCAGGGGGCUGGGUAGUUACUGAAACUCACAACGAUUCUAAUCCUAAACUCAUUUGCUAGAAUUGAGUUAGAAAAAGUUAUAGGAAAAUUAAGACUUUUCUCUACACUCAUGGCGUUAAUUGUACUUAUUCUCCCAGGUAUCUCUUAAUAUGUUUAUAAA